UUGAGUUUCUCAGACGCAUCAGACUGGCAAUACGUAAAUUCCGAGAGCAACCCGGCGGAUAUAGUCUCAAGAGGAACAGCCGGCGACAGGCUAAAGGAGAGUGUAUGGCUUACGGAUCCCACCUUUCUUGGAAAGAAGUUGGACGAAUGGCCUCGGGAACCCGAUCAACGGCCCCCUGUAGUUUCAGAAGAACCAAAGGCGGUAGUGAAUACGGUCCACAUGGAGGACCAUUGGCUAACACACUUUUCGGGCUGUAGUAGUUGGACUAAACUGCUAAGACACGUUGUAUGGUUGCGAAUAUUUAAAGCCUACAUAAAGCAUCUGGAAGGUGCAGAAUACGAUAUAUUGAAGUUGGUGCAGAAGCAAUGCUUUGGAAGUGAAAUUAAUCCCCUGAAGAAUCUUCCCCCUUUCUGCUCGAACUGCCUGAUUAGAGUAGGAGGACGGCUUGAAUAUGCUCCGCUGCCUUACGAAACGAAGCACCCGGUUAUCCUUCUGCAACACCACUUCGUGAGCAGACUUAUCGUGCAAAACGCCCUAAUCAAACGAGUCUUUGGUGCUUGUUUUGUGUGUUGGCGUUGGCAUGCUCCACCCUGUCGACAGAUUAUGGUGCCCUUGCCGGCCAAUCGCCUGGAGCCGUAUAACCCACCAUUAACGUUUACCGGGGUCGAUUACUACGGACCAUUUCAAGUAAAGGUUGCCCGAUGCAUCCGUGCGGUUUACAUUGAGGUAGUCUCGAACCUGGGGACAGAUUCGUUCCCAUGUGCAUUUGGCAGGUUCGCCGCUCCAAGAGGGUGCCCACAAAAGCUCUACAGUGAUAACGGACUCAACUUUAAAGGGGCUGAGAGAGAACUAAAGCUGUUGCUGCAAGAAUGGAACCAAGAACGCAUAUUUAGCCCCGUUGUGGCGAAGGGGUGCGACUGGAUCUUCAAUCCACCAACAGCUAGUCACCGGGGUGGAGUAUGGGAACGGCGGAUACGAUCUAUUAGGAGAAUACUGCGUUCCAUUCUUGGCUCACAGGUGGUCACUGAGGAGGUCUUUACAACGACCAUAACGAAGACUGAAAAAUUUUGA